CACUGAACUUUUGAAAUCAUCCAUGAUGCGAGACAUUUGAUGUGCAUUUGUGAUCCGAACUUUUAUUUUAUUCAUUAAAAUAUGUGAAGCUCCAAUUGCUGUAUCCCAUUCUGGUGACACUUCAGUUAAUCUAAUCAAUUCUCUUCCGGUUAAAUGAUUGAGAAUCAUUUCAAAAGUUUCACUUGAGAGACAAACAACUGGAUUAAUAUUUUCAUCCAUUUUGAACUGCACUAAAAAUUCUUUUGUGUCUUUACUCGUUUAGAUUUUUGCAUGCACUGAAAUCAUGUCUUUCUUCUAGAUUUUCAAACAAAUAUUUUAUGCUUUCUAUUUAUCUCUUUUUAACUUCCUUCAACACACUUGCAAAUGCAAAUAAAAGAUUACAGAUAAAUAUUCUAAAAUUGAAGUUUAGGAGAGUGUGUCGUUGCCCUUGACGCGGCUGUUUCGAACACAAUGCCACUCAGAGAAUUUCGUGGAACUUCGGCUUUGUACUUAUCCCCACCUAAACUAAAAACUUUUAUUUUUUAUUUCGGAGAUUCGAAAGAAUGCAGUUUAUGGAACUCUCUCGAAUAGAACUUAAGCAAGUAUUGUUGAUGAAAGUAUAAAGUCCAUCGCUUCAUAGAUCGGGCGUGAUGAUUAAACGUUUUUGGCUGAUGUGGUUUGAUGAUAUACAACUUUACAUGUCAGAAAUAAAUCUUUUUACUGAUCUGAAAUGUUUUAUGCUCUUUAUUGCCUUCUUCUUCUAACUUUCUUUUAUU